CACGACACCGGAAAUGGAUCCCCACAUACACAAAAAGAAGCUGAACCGUCAAAACAUAAACAGACAAGACAACCUUGUGUGAACGCAGUCAGCCCUUGUUAUUGUCGGUUUUUCUUUUUUUACAUAGGAAUUCAUGCACGCAUACCUAAUGUCGUGUGUUCACCGUCAGGGAAUCUUUACUCGAGGCACUUAGCUCGAUUGCUAAGUGGUGGGUUGGAGAAAACAAAUCUGCAAUAAAGAUUAGGACUAAACUAAGAAGUACGCCUCGUCGGGCCUUCGAGUAGAGGUUCUACUUUGGGACGACGCAGGACUAAAGAGAAGUGAUGGCUGAGGCUGACGGCAAAUCCACUGUGCUUAAUGGCUCUGAUGAAAAGGACCCUGGAGAAGAUCAACACACUGUGGAUGAUGCCUCUGGAACCAAAGACGGACAAACACAACCUUCCUCUGAAGAUGCUCCCAAAGAAACCGCAGAGGUAUCUGGAGACAAACCUAUGCCGGAUGUGGAACAAGAGACGGGGGCUAAGAAAGAGGGUGAGGACGACGAAGAUACAGACAGCAUGGACGGCAGCGCGCUCUACUCCUUGACUGAGGAUGGCGAAAGAGAAAGUGAGGGAGGGAGACGAGUGAAGGGCAAGGAAAAGGAUGGUGGGAAAAGGGCAGCUAGAAAGCGAAAUCGCCCCGGCGGCAACAACCACUCCUCCAGUUCUGAUGAUGAUGAUGAUGACGAUGAUGACGAUGAAGAAGAACAAAAGGAUGAGGAGGAUGAUGAUGAUGAUGAUGAUGACAACGAGGCUAUGGAGGCCUGGCUGGGCGCCGAGCUCCGUGAGAUGCGUGGCCCCGUGUGGCAGUCGGUACCCUCGCUGCGCUCCAGAGAGAUUGGCAGGGACUCGCAUCAGUUUGUGAGGCGUGUGUGUGGCGCCCGCGGCCUGGUUCAGCGGCUGGAGCUGCAGGGCCGCUUAGAGAGGCACACAGGCUGCGUCAACACGUUGCACUUCAACCCCUCUGGCACUCGCCUGGCGUCGGGCAGUGACGACCUGCGGGUGGUGAUAUGGGACUGGGCCAUCCGCCGUGCUGAGCUGGAGUUUGACAGUGGACACAAAAGUAAUGUGUUUCAGGCAAAGUUCCUGCCUCACAGUGGGGACUCCACCUUGGCCAUGUGCGCUCGUGAUGGUCAGAUCAGAGUGGCUGAGCUCUCUGCAACGCAGCGCUGCAAGAACACAAAGCGGGUAGCACAGCACAAAGGAGCUGCACACAAGCUGGCCCUGGAACCAGAUUCCCCUUGUUCCUUUCUGUCAGCUGGAGAGGACGCUGUGGUGUUUGGCAUUGACCUGCGCCUAGACCGUCCCGCCAAUAAACUUGUGGUUGUGAAGGAGGGUGAUAAAAAAGUAGGGUUGUAUACCAUCUUUGUCAACCCAGCAAAGACACACCAAUUUGCUGUUGGAGGGAGAGAUCAGUAUGUAAGGAUUUAUGACCAGAGGAAGAUAAAUGAAAAUGACAACAACGGCGUACUAAAGAAAUUUUGUCCCUCCCAUCUGGUGUCCAGCGAGUCUAAAACCAACAUAACCUGCCUUGUGUAUAGUCAUGACGGCGAAGAACUUCUUGCUAGUUACAAUGACGAGGACAUCUACCUGUUUGACUCAAACCACAGUGACGGCGCAGACUAUCGCAGGAGAUAUAAGGGACACCGCAAUAACGCCACAGUGAAGGGGGUGAAUUUCUAUGGGCCGUGCAGCGAGUUUGUGGUCAGCGGUAGUGACUGUGGACACAUCUACCUGUGGGACAAACACUCUGCUCGCAUUGUCCAAUUUAUGGAGGGCGACAGAGGAGGAGUGGUGAACUGUCUGGAGCCGCAUCCCCAUCUGCCAGGCUUGGCCACCAGUGGGUUAGACCACGAUAUCAAACUGUGGGCUCCCACAGCUGAAACCCCCACAGGACUGAAGGGUCUCAAAGAGGUGAUGAAGAAAAACAAGCGGGAGCGGGACGAAGACAGCGUGCGCCACGGUGACCAGUACGACACCCAGCUGCUGUGGUUCCUGAUGAGACACAUGAGGAACAGGAGACCAGCACGGACUCGCCGCGAGGGCGCGGAUGCCGACACAGAUGACUCCUGGAGCUCCCCUGACUCCUCAGACGAAGAGGAAGGAGGCCCCGACCACGUUCAGUGCAUGUCAUCUUGAGCCACACACAAGCAAACACGCACACAAUCACACACGCAUACACACACACUCUCUUUAUUGCCCUUGAAUUGAUGCACAUAGGCAAGCACUAUUGACACACGGGCACACUCAAAACACUGAUGAGCUACAGACUGUUCCUUUCUUUCCCUUUUUUUGUUUCUCCCUUUAUACACACACAUCCAAACAGAAAAUCAAACAUUUACAUAAACAUACCGUAGGAGCAGAGCGAUAGAGAUGCUUAUCGCCUGGUUUCCCAGCAGUUGCAAGCGUGCUAAUGAUGACAGCAGAUGGCGACACUUCCAUUUUCUUGGUGUUUGUGAGAGGAGUGCGCAGAGUUUGAGUGAGCACUCACACCCCCAUAAGCCACUCGAAGGCCCCUGCUUGUCUGUACAUUGCUGAUGUGUUUCUCAUAUCAGAAAACGGAAGUAUUGUGCAUAUAUGGCAACGAGUACCUCCAACCUUACACAACCUGUAGUGGGCUAUACUUCACCAGCACACAACCCCCCCCCUUUUGUCUUGGAACCAGACCUUUUGCUCUAUAGCUUUCUGUGCAGAUGAGGAGGGGUUCAGCGGGGAGGAAGGGCCGAGGCUUAUACCCUAAAGGUUCCUCCCUUUGUAGUUUGAACUGUGUGGGGGAGAGCCCUGCUUUGCCCUCAAGCUGAUGAAGAGUCAGAUUUUUUAAAAAGUAUAUAUGAGCUGCUAGUUGCUUUUUUUCUAAUUUGAUCUCAAUCUGGAAAUGCUGCAUGGCCCUCUCUGCUCCUUUCCAGCUGACACUACCCUCCCCAAUCACAACUGAGUGCACUUUCAAUCAGGGAUGACUUGGAGUGAGACAGACAACAUGUGCUCCGUGUGUGAUGCUGGGGGGCACUUUGCACUUGAGCGUUUUUACUUUGUGAGGAGAGGUGGUUUCCUUUUCUUCCACUAUCCUUUCUUCAGCCUCUUUCUCCUCAUCUGCCCACCUUCGUUCAGAAAUUAAUGCUCAACAGGAAAUUUAAGUUCACCUCUCAAUGAGGAAGACUGUGUUCAGCAUGUGUACAGGAAAGCCAUUAUUUCAAGCUCUGUUGGGAAACUUUUUUUUUCUCUUCUAAGAACCAGACCCGACCUGGAUCAAUCAAUUAAAACACUGCCUAAGAGCCCAGGAAGAUUGAAGGGUUGUACUUGUCUACAAAAUUCCUUUAUUAAAUGACUAAUAUUCAAUGUUUUCCUUUAUUCAACCAUUAGUCUAGAAAGAAGGAGAAAUACCUGACCUGAUUUAGUCAGGUGAAAAACCCCACCAGCGUUUCCAGAGCUAACUGUCAAUAAGCAUAAUGUAAUUCACUCAAACACAUUUUCAGCAACUAGCAUAAAGUCCCCAAUGUUUGUUUGUCCCCCCCCUGCAGACCCAGACAAAGCCCCAUUUUGCCAAUGCUUUGUUAAACUGAGUGGACGGCCUUCUCCUGGAACUUUCUCUUUAGUCAUGUUACGUUUGGCAUCAAAGUGUAAAAACCCCACAUGAUUGACAGUGUUUUUUCUUUUUUUUUUUAACCAGGUCGGGUGCUGUGUUAGCAUUAGCGCAAAUAUGGGGAUGGCAGGAGCGGCGGGGUCAAUAUGCUUGCCAGUCAUUUGAUGAGUGAGAGCGAUAAAGUCCAGCUUUUCUCAUUUUCUAUGAGAACUGUAGUUAGUUGAAUUUAUAUGUAUAUAUAUAUAAAAAUAUAUAAAAAAAGUAAAAAAAAAAAAAAAAACUUUAGAAAAUGCUGUUUGACUUAAAAAAAAAGAAAAACAAUGUCAGAACAAUGAAUUGGUAUCGAUGCAGAAGUUUAUAUUAUAUACUGUAUGAGGACGACGUACUUUUAAAUCCACGUUUUUCCUUUUCUUGACAUCCCUCUGAUAAACAGCUGCUGACAUUUCAAGUAUUCAACUUUUGAUUAUUUUUCUGGUGAAAGAAAACAAAACAAAAAAAGUAUGCUUUGAAGAUAUUGAUCCAAUAUUUGAGACAGUUUUAUCCAGAUUUUCCCACUGGCUAUUUUUGGCAUAUUGUAUAGAUAAAGAAUAAGGCUUUUGAUGAACAAUUCCUUUCCCACCUCCACCUAAUAUUGCAUUCUACCAGUUCAGUUUGAAAUAUGUACGAUUUGUGCAAUAAACAAAAAUGACUAUG